AUGCAAAAAUUGACAAUUUUGAUAAUCAUCUUUGCAUCAUUUGGAGCAACAUUAUGUCUGGAAAAGAUCACUGUUGAUCUCGGGGAAGGCACUUCAAGUAUAUUAAAUCAAAAAUUAAUGGUUGCGUUCAUUCCUGAAGACAAAGUAAUUUUUGAUGCUGAAUACGAAAUAUCAUCGGGAUGGUUUACGAAAAUUUUUAUCAUGUUCAGCGAUUCCAUUGUGAUCAAUGGCUUCAGUCUAAGAGCAAACAGGAAUAUUUUUAAUCUUCCAGUCGGUGUUUAUAAAAGUUUUCCAUUUUUAAUAAGUUUUGAUGGAUCAAGAAGUUCAAUUAGCAAUAUCAACUAUAAACACUUUGAAAAUCUUAAAGCUCUUCAACUUCUCCGACUGGACGAAAAUAAGAUCUCUUUUAUUGAAUCGAAUGCAUUUAAAGAUUUAUAUGACUUGAAAAACUUGUAUUUACAUCAGAAUCUAUUGACAUCGAUUGACGGAACAAUUUUAAGUCGGCUUCAUAAUUUAUUGGAACUUUCAUUGGAUAGGAAUAAAAUUAAUUACGUAGCAGAAAAUGCAUUUGACUCACUUACAGAAUUAAGAAACUUGACACUAGCUGAAAAUAAUGAUGAGCUUUGGACUGAAAAACUUUUUAAAAAUAAUAAAAAGCUUAAAUAUUAA